UGCCUCCAGCUGGCUCGAGCUCCAAGCACUCUGGAAACCAGACGAGGUACUUCUUCUACUGCUCAAGGCAACUGGUUACAGGCAAAACCUUAAUAAAUUGUAUAAAUUUUUAUUUGAAGCCUUGCUUCUCAUUGACGAUGAGGUCAUUAUAGACGCAAACACACAACACACAUCAAGAGUAUUGGAUAAGAAACCCAUCUCUGCACUUGGUUGGAGUGAUACAGGAAGUGGGACGCUGAUGUCAUGAGCCGGACCGAGCGCAUGGGGCAGGCAUGGCUGCAUCCUUGGGUCAAACUACUUGUGGUGACACUGUCCGCGUCACAAACGACUGCAGCCCGGCAGAGCGGAUACUCGGACGCGGACGGCGUGUUCCUGGCGAGCUCCCUGCUGAACGAGACGGUCUGCCCCUCGAAGCAGUGCCAGAACCUGAGCAGCCAGAUCCUCGGCCUCAUGGACCACACGGCGGGGCCGUGCGAGGACUUCUACCGGCACGCUUGCGGCGGUCUGCGGAGCAGCCCGGAGAUGCUGGAGCGAGACCCCGACGGAGAGGUCGACCGGAGACUGGGAGGUCAAAUUGAGCAGAUUAAAACAAGCCCAAGAUCUUUCGUGCAGCUGAAAAAGUUUUACGACAGCUGCAAAUCAUUUGAAAAAGUCCAGAAUGAGGGUGAAGCUCGCUCGGUCGUGGCUACUGUCGGCGUGUUUCACAGCAAGGAUUCCUGGACCGCAAACAGUUCAGACCUCACCGACCUCCUUGCGAAUCUUCUAGCAGUUGGCAGCACAACUCUUUUCGACAUCCAGCUCGACGUCAGCGACGAAGACCCCACGAGGUUCGACCUGAAGCUGGUCGCGCCCAUGCGGAGGUCCCUCUUGCUUCCCGACACUGAUGCGUGCCUCGCGAAGCAACAGCCUUCCAGCCAGCACGUCUACACCGAGUGCAGGCAGAGAAAUGAUCUCAACUUCAUUGCGAGUGUGGCAGAGGCCCUCCAAGCUGUGAAUAUCUUCCCCGCUGACAGCGCCGACGUAUCAGCCAAUGACUUCCAGGCCACUAUCUACUGCCUCCAGGACAUCAUAAAUAUCAUUGAAAAGUACACACCUUUCGAGUCUGAUGUUCGCAGAGACUUAGCUAUGAAAAACUACAACUACAUGAACAUUACAGAACUUCAAGACAAAUUCCCGCUGAUAAACUGGAUGAAACUGUUAAAUAGCAUUGUGCACCAAGUCCCCGCAGAUACAAAAGUGCAAGUCUACUUUGAAUACUACUUCACUAUGUUGUUCCGUCAUUUAUCUGAAGUGGAAACAAGGUUGCUGCACAACUCCUUGCUGGCGAUGUUCGUGACGGGAAUGUACUCCGACGUGAUUGACCACGACGGGGGCGACCGGGACCGGUACUGCCUCGUCGUCACCAAGACCUUGCUGCCCGACGUGUCAGCCGCGCUCUACCUGCGGACGUUCGGCGACCACGUGGCGACGCAGGUGCGCGACGUGUUCGGCCAGGUGAAGAGGGCUCUGGAGGCGCAGGUGGCCCGCUCCGGCUGGCUGGACGAGCCGUCCCGGCGGGCUGCCCUGGAGAGGCUGAGAGCCCUGGGGGUGGUCGCCGGCGGAGGCGCAGAGCUGCUGGCAGACGCUCGCGUGCUGGACCGGCGGAUGGAGGACUACAGCAUGAAUGAGAAUGAAUUCCUCAGAAACUCUAUCCAUCUGCUUAGAAGGAACAGGAAGUUAACAUACGCGCUUUACACCAAGAAGACCUCUGGAUCAGAACAAACGUGGACGUACUUUGCAAAUACAUUAGACACCACAGAACCCAUUGAUUACAAAGGUGAACAAAUUGUUGUGCAGUAUGCCACAUUACCAGAUGGAAGACUUGGAGAAGUAAUGCCACAAUUUAAAAUAGCAGAGGUUGGAAUGAUACUGGCUAAAAUGAUUGGACAUCAUUUUGACUCUACCGGUAUUAAUCGCACAGCAAACGGCGUCGAUGGCAUCCUGUCGGAAGACCAAGCCAAGAAAUACUCGUCCUUGAAAGAAUGUGUUUGGAAGCAAGUUUCCAAACUUGACAGAGCUGUCAUCAAGCAUAGGAGAGACGUCCAGCAGACAGUGAUGGAUGUCAUUGCUGAACAAAUAGCCCUCAACGUGGCUCUCGAGGCAUUCAAAACAGACAACAGGACUAUACAAAAAGUUUUGGAGGACAGCUCCUGGGAGCAGAAAGGACUUCAACUAUUUUUCCUCGCUGUAGCUCAGACGUCUUGCACUAAAACCACUACAUGGGACAGUCCAGCACCUGUGUAUCAACGUAUAAUGCUGCCACCAUCUGCCAGAAUUAAUUUACUAUUCAGCCAAUCAGAGGCCUUCUCCAAAGCAUUUGGCUGCUCUUUGGGAUCAGGCAUGAAACCACCUGAAGAAGAUAUAUGUCCAACUUUCCCAGAGGGCUGUGGCAGCAUGAACAUGCAACACACACUCAUUAUUCCCACUAACUGACAAACUGCAAAACAUAUCUAGCUCCCGAUAACAAUAAUCUUUGUUUAUUUAGUACAAGCACACAUAUUGUAGGAGGGGGUGGGGAAGGAACUCUACAGCAUUAUCAUCUACAGCAAAUUAUUCCUUGCAUUUCAUGCAGAAACACUGCAGGAAAGUGUAAAUACAAAGUAUAAAAUAAUAAAUAUGUAUUUAAAAUUAAACACAAGAAAUUACAAAUUUUCUUAACCACUACAUAAGUUGUUAGUCAUUCACGAAAAAAAUAAAAUGAGGAUAUACAUGAUUCUUAGAUACCUUCGUAACUUUACACAGCUGCCUAGAAUUACGUACCUAAUUACCUAGGUUUAGUAAGAGUAAUAAUCUGGUACCCUUUCAUGAAAGACACCUGUAUUGCCAUAACUCUUGAUAGUUGCACAGCUUCCUUUCUCUAAGCAAUAAUUAUAUUGCAUCUAUGCAAUCAAAAAUUAUUUUAUGAACAUGUAUGCACUUUAGAGUGAAUAAAUAUGUAGAGCAUCUAUUCCGAAUAAUAUUAGGCUGUAAUUAAAUUGAGACUAUUCUGCUUAAUCACCAUUGAGUAGCCAAUUGACCUAUGAUCAUACACAGCUAGUCUUGAAAAUCAAUGUUCCUCUUUCAAUAAAACAAUUGAGAAAAAAAAAAAAAAAGAUUGUUUUAUCUAACUGCGCCCACGCGAGUUUUAACAGUAUUUCUUUAAUAUUAUAGGCCCCUUCUGGGAGGGGUUCUCUCAGAAUGGUUAAUCUGAUUGCCGUAGCAAAAGGGAUAAACAACAGUGCAAACAAGUAAACGAGGGAUUUCCAAAAACGACUGUUACCAGAACAAUUUAUUAAAUAAUUUAUCCAGGGCGAUCAACAACUGCCAAAGUUCAUUACACAUGUUCAAACGUGGGAAUUUCACAUUAAUAUGCUUUCCAAGUUAUUGACAAGAGCAUACUCCAUCAUAAUCUCAAGCAUGUGUAAAGUUAUUUCUUAUUUUAUUAACACGUUACUGUCCCUCGUUGUUAAAUAUGUUCCUUUAUCAAUACAGAUUAGAAAUUCACACUAAAUAUUGAGGGUUACAAAUGUGAGAAUCACACUCAGUCUCAUUGGACACUCGCGGCAGAAAGCCCCAUAUUACACAAAGCGAGCCAUCUUAAAUGAUCCUCAAGGCACAAACAUACAAAGGUGGUUAACAUGCCGUACAUCAUAAAUUUGCACUCUAAAUAGUUACAAAAGAAAGGGAAAGACUUGGUAAAGAACAAACAGAGAAUGUGCGCACAUUAAUUACACAAAGAAUAAAAAAUGAUAAGAUUCGCUGCCAACGCUGGGACCAACAUUCCUAUCCUAGCGGGUAAAUUACAGAGCCCUUACGAAAAUUGUCUCGCAGUGCGCGACCCACAAAUACAUAUCGCGAGUCACGGUUGACUAAGGGAGGAAAAGCUCUUAAGAAUUACUCAAAACAGAAUUUAGAGAGUGACAGCCGAGACAAUGAUUUAAAAAAAACUAGUAAGGAAAAUUUAAAACAUUUACGUUAAAUACUGGGGGCGGCCACCGCGCCCCAUCAGAAAUCACUCAAAGUCAAUAUCAACCGUACCUUAUCAGCGAGAGCAAAAGAGUGUUGAUCGGUCGGAGUCCCAGCGUCGAAACAGGCAGAGGAAGGGGAAACAAGCCCUUAUAAAAACUACCCAGGUGGCGCUAGCGUCGUCAGCCGCCGACCGAAGAAACGAAAAGAGGGGAGCGGGAGGGGAGGGGUUUCAAGCAAAUGUUAAUGGAGGGAAUGAGGGGGAGGGAAAGCCGUGUGCACAGGCGCCCAUGCAGCCCGUUGCAUAACAAUAGCUAGGGACAAAUUUGCAUCGUGAGUGCAUGUCAGUACACCACAUAACACCACAAAGCAUGUCAGUACACCACAUAACACCACAAAGCCACAAAGCAUGUCAGUACAUCACAUAACACCACAAAGCCACAAAGCAUG